AUGGGCUGGUACAUGGGCUUCAGCGGUUCACCCUACGAACUCGUACCCAAUGUCAGACCAGUUGUGGUUGUUGGUCCAGCGUUGAAGGGCUACGAAGUCACCGAUAUGAUGCAGAAGGCUCUGUUUGACUCCCUCAAGAAGGCCUUCGAAGGACGGUGA